GCACUUCAGCAGCCAGCUGGGGGUCAGCAAACAUGCCUGAGAAAGUUUCAUGUUUUUUUUAGCAUUUGGAGGGAUUGAGUAUUUCCUUCCAGUAGUAUUCCAAUGCUGGAACUGGGGCUGCUGCACUGAGGCUGUAACACUUUGCAGUGUGAAUUCCUGCCCUCAUUUCGUCAGAGGAGCUGCCCGAGACAGAACCACAUCAUGAAUAACCGCUCAGGACAUCAGGAGCUGUGAGCUCCUGCCAGUUCCUGGGGCUCCCAGUCUGCGAUCUGUGUGUUUCCCUCCCUGCGGCCGCCUGUCAGUGUGUCAGGGGCUUAUCUCUCUCCCCCAGCUGUUUCUCUGUCACGGAGACAGCUGUACCAGCCGUCCUCCUUCCAGAAGCACAGCAACUCCGUCUGCAGCAACAUCGGCUCAAGUUCGACUGGAGAAUGAAAGGCGGUGCCAGGCUGUUCCAGCUCCUUGCUGCCCUGCUCCCCCUGCUGGUCACGGAGGGCUGCCCGGCCCCCUGCACCUGCCAGCGCGGGACGGUGGACUGCAGCAGCCGCCACCUGCGGACCGACGGCCUCCCCGCCGCCUUCCCCAGCGACGCCACGCGGAUACGUCUCCACGACAACCGCCUCAGCUCCAUCCCCGCCGGGCUGUUCGACCGCCUGCCCGUCCUGCAGGGGGUGUCCCUGCACGGCAACCCGUGGGCCUGCGACUGCGGCCUGCUGUACCUGCGCGCCUGGCUGCUCAGGCAGGAGCACCGGGGGCUGUACAGGAACGUCACCUGCAGCUCCCCCCCGGGCCUGCGGGGGCGGCUGGUCAUGUACCUGGCGGAGGAGGAGGUCCUGUCGUCUUGCCAGUACUGGUACUGCGACCUGGCCGUGCUGACGCAGGCCUGCCUCUUCCUCUUCGUCCUGCUGCAGGCCGUGCUGCUGGUGCUCGUCGUCGUCUUCCUGCGGCGCUUCCACAGGCUGGCGGAGGCGGCGCGCGGGGGGCCGGAGGAGAGCUCCCCCGCAGACGCGGACCGCCCCUGGCUGAAGGCCAGGACUGAGUGAGGCGCCGGGGGGAGGGUUCCAGCGCGGAGCACAGCCUCAAGGCUGCUGCGAUCUGCUGCCUCCCUGGACGCUUUCGGGCACCAGAGCCUCAGCACACCGAUAAAGGCUUCUGCUCCCAUGCACACACACACACAAACAACGCCACUAGCCUCUCCCGUUGAUACUAAUACUAAUACUAAUAUUAUCAUUAAGGUCACUGCCCCACUGUGGCUUUUCGCUUGCUUGGACCUGCGGAUUCACUUCCAGGUCAUGCCUGCUUGGCGGAGUGGAGGCUCUAUGGCUCUAAGGAUCUGCGCCUGUGGCUGGAAGGUUGCUGGUUCAAAUCCUGUGGCCGGCAGAGGAA